GUUGCUAACAUAGAUCGAGUUGCAUUCUGGGAUAUCAAUGGCCGUCACUUCAUAGAAGCACAAGAUGUGAGGACGAACCUUUCCUUCGAUUCUUUAUGAAUUUAGCGUUUCUAAUGUUGUUUAGAGGGGAGCGAGCUCUUAAGACGUAUAACAAGUAUUGAACUAUAACCAUGGGUCAGAAUAUGGAUGAAACACCACCAAAUAAAAGUAGACAUGGUCCGACAAGGAUGGAGGCAGUGCAAAGAAUCGAGAGAAACUGGUGCUCCUACAGGGAUAAACAGAUGUUCAAGCUCCUCAAAUAUGCAAUUUGUGCCGCUGAGCACUCUCUUACCUUUGAAGUCCUCCGUAAGGUGUCUCCACUUGAGGCAGAUCUUCUCAGGGACCCUGCAGUCAAUGCUAGAGUCAGAUUCAGAUUUGGAGGCAUCGAAUUCCCACCAAUCAUCAUGUUCAAGAUUUAUAUUAAUAGCAGUGGACAGGGUUUGAAAUACAUGAGUGGUAAAAAGACAAUAAAAGCCUCCUCACAGGCAGCCUCUGAUUCACUCAGAUUAAUGGGGAAUAGGAAAUUCUAUGAUCAACUGACUGCUGACCUUUGUCAGCAUGAGAAAGACAAGAUUACGGAUGAAAUUGAUGUCACAACAAUGAAGGAUUAUAUGAAGUAUCUAAGCCACCUGGAUGAAGCCCCACCAGAUGCAGGUGGAAAGUCAAAUCUCUGGAGAAGGCUAACUCUAGAUGCAAUUCCAAGGAAGAACAUAGUACAUGACAUCUUCAGCUAUGUUAUAUCUGGACUAGCAUCGCCCCGCCUGAUAGAGGAGUGUCAAGACUUGUUAUCCGGUAGACCAGCUACACAAGCCAUCCAGGUGGCUAGGAUAGAGGCAAUACCACAGUACCACAAAAAUGCAAAACCAAACUCAUCUGGGCAAAACACUGGUCGUCGGAGUCGGAAAGCAAAACAACGAGUGGAAAAAAUGAGAAGAUUAUAUGGGUUCAGCAGUCCAAAACCGGGUGAAGAUCUAUUAGCUCCCAGGAGCACCCCGGAUCUACGGGCAGGGGAAGACUUGUUCGAUGAAGAGGACUGGGAGCAGGAAGGAGACAAGCUUUAUGAAUGGGCACAGAACCUCUCCAUGGAGGAACUCAUGACCCCUUGAUGGGUCCGUGCCUACUUAAAAUUACAUUAUGAUUUUAAUGAUAGGAUUUCUGUAUAAAAUUCAAAUUGAAGCUUUUUUACAGUAAAAAAAGGAAAAAAAAUCCUUCUAAGCAAAUUUUAGUCGGCUAUUUAAAAAAACAACAGAAAGUACACGUCUGAUGUAUUAUAAAGCCAAUGGAUGUCAGUGCUUUUACGAGAAGGAAUGCACAAAAAGACGAUAGUUUUUUAUUUUUUUUAAAGAUAUAUAAAUUGAUAGUUAACAAGUGCAAUAGCAAUGACCUGGGUAAAGCCUAGGUGUGCGUUGCUAGGCGUGGUUAGUGGGGAUGUGGGGGGAGGGUCACUCUUGCAAGUAACAUGGCAAACGUCUUGCAGGGAAUAUACAGCUUUUGUGAUACCAGCGGUCGCUGUUAUGUAAGCACAAUCCCAAGACACAUGAAACUAUUUGUAAAUAAAGAUAAUUUUGUGGUCAAA